CAGAAGCUUGCUACCAAGUGGUCAGCUUGGUAAGCUAUCAACAAAAAAUUACAAUUGCUGAAGCUUGCUGACCACUGAAGAUCGGCAGGGCUCGCAACACUGUUUCACACGGAGAGAUGAAGCCCAUCCCUCUGAUGACGCCGUACACGAUGGGCGAGUUCGACCUGUCGCACAGGGUCGUGCUGGCACCCCUCACGCGGCAGCGCGCCUACGGCGGCGUGCCGCAGCCGCACGCCGCCCUGUACUACUCCCAGCGCGCCUCCCCCGGCGGCUUCCUCAUCUCCGAGGCCACGCGGGUUUCGCCGCCGUCCUCGCGGCAGGAGGAGCCGGAGUCGUCUUUCGGGAACAUCCCCGGGAUCUGGGCGCCGGAGCAGGUCGGGGCCUGGGCGCCCGUGGUGGACGCCGCGCACGCCAAGGGCGCCGUCUUCUUCUGCCAGCUCUGGCACGUCGCCGGCGAUGCCGUCCGGCAACGGGAGCAGCAGGUGAGUCCCCAGAUGAGCUUCGACGGCCGCCGCAAGGAGCUGACGUCGCCGAGGAGGGUGGCGCAGGAGGAGGCUCCCCGCGUCGUCGAUGGGUUCAGACGCGCCGCCCGGAACGCCGUCGACGCCGGCUUCGACGGCGUCGAGAUCCUCGGCGCCAACGGCUACUUUGUCGACGGCGGCGGCAUGGACAUGGAGAGCUGGUGCCGGUUCGCGCUGGAUGUGGUGAACGCCGUGGUGCGGGAGAUCGGCGGCCAGCGCGUGGGCGUGCGGCUGGACCAGUUCAGCGCCGAGCCCGACGAGCACGCGCUGGCGCUCCACGUGGUGAGCCGGCUCAACGACCACGGCGUGCUCUACUGCCACAUGAUCGAGCCGAGGGUGGACGGCCGGCGGCGCGUGUCCCGGCAGCUGCUGCCGUUCAGGGAGGCGUUCGGCGGCACGUUCAUCGCCAGCGGCGGGUACGGGCGAGAGGAGGGCGACGCGGCCGUCGGCGAGGGUUACGCCGACCUGGUGGUGUACGGGCGGCUGUUCCUGGCCAACCCGGACCUGCCGAGGAGGUUCGAGCUCGGCGCACCGCUCAACGACUGCGUCAGCGCCACCUUCUACGGCGCCGGCGCCGGCGCCGACCCCGCCGUCGGGUACACCGACUACCCGUUCCUCGAAUGAUCGAGCUCGAAUACUGCUUUCGUCAUUGGCAGUUCACCAAUCCGGUCGUAUCUCACACAAUAAACCAUGAUCGAAUGGUGGCUUCAAAUGUCCAUUUCGGCCAUGAUCGAAAUUUUUUAUUUGAACUCGAUCGAGAUCCAAGGAAUUUCACUUUUUUUUAAACACAUGACGACAUUUUGUUACAUACCAAAAUGGUUAUUUUUUCUCUUUUCUCUUUUGAAAAUUUACUUUUAUAAGGGCUCUUUUGAAAUUUUACUGAAAAGUAAGGACCAACAUCAUUUUUUAUGGUUACUAGCAAGAGAGUUCAUGCGUUGCCACAUGAGAAAAAUAAUACCACACGCCCUAACACAAUAACCAUGACUCAAGACCUUAAUAGGUCCAUGUCCUUUAUUUCAACAUGACAUCUUAUCAUUCUUGCCCUUUAUCCGUUUCACACUCCCGCCGACGGAAAUGCAUGGUCAUAAAUGGUUUCUUUUGUCUCCAAUUUGUU